CCAUCCCCGGUCCUCUCAGGUCAUCAAGAGGUCCCAGCGCCUGGACCAUGUUUUGGCUCGUUUGGACCCUCAGGCUGCCAAUCAACACUUUGCAUCUAUCCAGCGCUGGAGAGCAAAGAGAGAGGUGGCAGGUCCGCGGAGAGGAGCGUUCUUGCUGUUUUCUCAGAAGAAGCUUCCCAAACUGAAGCAGACGGAAGAACGAACAGAACCAGAUGCCUACUGCAGAAAUGUUGCUGAAUCACAGCUCUUCAAACAGUGGCGUUCUCUGGAAGAAUCCAGCAGGUCGAAAUACAUCAGGAAGACGUCCCGCUGCCCCGAGCCCUCCCUGGGCCUGUUGAAGCCCGACGUCUGCUUCGGCUCGGUAUCGGAAAACUUCCACAACAUCACGGAAAAUUACCUCCAGAACGAGGACAGGAGGAGCCGAGACAGCGUGGACACCCACAGCCUCCGGCAGCUGUUGCACUACAAGUGGCAGCGCUCGCUGUGUGAUCCGGGUGAAGCGGUGGGUCUGCUGGCGGCUCAGUCCAUAGGCGAGCCCUCCACCCAGAUGACCCUCAACACCUUCCACUUUGCCGGCAGAGGAGAGAUGAAUGUCACUUUGGGAAUACCCCGACUGAGAGAGAUCCUGAUGGUGGCCAGCUCCAACAUUAAAACUCCCAUGAUGAGCGUCCCAGUGCUAAACACCAAGAAAGCCUUGAAGAGGGCCAAGACACUCCGUAAGAAACUCACCAGAGUCUGUCUGGCUGAGGUGCUGCAGAAGGUGGAUGUGGUAGAAACUUUGCGCAUCGAAAGUCACCAAAAGCUGCAGUCAUUCAAAGUCUCCUUCCACUUCCUGCCACAAGAACGUUACUGUGAGGAUAAGCUGCUAUCACCCCAACAGAUCCUCCGCUACAUGGAAACUAGAUUUUUCCGUCUCCUGCUCGAAGCCAUUAAGAAGCGCAGUGCCAAAUUGGCGUCCAUUGCCGUAGAAACAAGGAAGGCCACCCCCGGAGAUAAGGACCAUGAUGGCGAGGGAACAGCUGAGCCAGCAGGGUUGGAUGACGGGGAGGAAGAAGUGGAGCGAGAGGUUGUUGAUGACCAGGCGAACGAAGGAGACGCCGAUGCUUCAGACGCCAAGCGAAAAAACAAACAGGAGGAGGAGGUAUGAAGACGGGUGAAAUACUUUGUGUUAAAUAACAAUAUCGUGUAAAAGCACAACCCCUUGAUGUUCCCGGAUUUGGAAAGGUCAGACGUCUCUUGAACUUUCACUUAAUUAAUUUGCUGUGAGCUACUGAUCUAAUCUCAACAUCCCAUAAUUUCAUAAUAGACAUUUAACAAGACUAUUAGUCCGCAGCCAUGCUACUGGCUCUGUGAUGCCGUAUUUAGGAACGGUGAUGCUAACGUCGCCGUACUAACACGCUAAUAACUUGUUGCUAAAUAGCGCCAAACACAAAGUGCAGCUGGAGUUGAUUGAAAUGUCAUUAGUUUUGCAGUUAUUUCAUCAAAAACCAAAUGCAUGAACAGGAUGAUGGUGGUAGGUGAACAAUUGAGGGAUAACCAAAGUUAUUUAAGUUCAUCGUCAUGAAUGUGUGUACCACAUAUGGCAGUACAUCCGGUUGUUGUUACACCCAGAGCAUGGUGGCACCAGAGGAAAUAUAUCAGCAAGUUUAUUAGAAUACUAUGAAUGUCUCUGCAUCAUUUUGUGCCAAUCCAUUUCGUAGAUGUAAAGAAAUGUAUAAUUAUAUGGAGGAAAAGUCGGGUGAUCACCAAAUCAGUAAGACUCCUCCUCUGGGGACCAUGAACAGGCCAUUCUUAGAGUAACGUGGCCUAAACUGGCGUGGCUAACAAUCUGAAGAAGCUGUGUUAUUUCUGACAGAAACACAGUCUAGACUGCUGCUUGAAUUCCCUCUUCUUCUUUUUUACAUUUCUCGUUCUGAGCAAUGUAUCAAGUACCUCUUUUCUUUUAAAAGUCCUCUUCACACAGGAGGCGAUGCUUUCAUGUAUCUUUGUUUGAUAUCAUACUAGAGUGAGUGGAUAAAUAGGGUAACUGCUAAUCUAGUAAUGUAAUUUGAGGUACUACGUGCUCUAUGUAUAUACAGUAUAUAUAUGUUUUUUUAUUUAAAAAAAUGUUUUCCUCAAAUAAAUAAAUUAGCCAUAGCCUGUCAAGUUGUUCACUUUGAAGAUCUGAGAUUCAAUAAAAUAAAAUAAAAUACCC